UCUCAGCCGGACCCGCCCGACAUGUUAUAGACCGACAAUAGCCACAUAGACUCUGCCGCAUUUCAUUCCACGUUACACAAUCAUCACCAAACACGAACAUCAUGAACUCGCCAGCGAUCUUCACAAAGGCAGCACUGCCUAGUCGCGUGCUGUCUCCUGCCCACAUCUAUCGCAGGCAGAGGCUACGGGAUCACUUGCGCAAACGGCCAACGCCGUCCCAGGCUUCCAUCUCGACGAUAUCCAAACGACCUGUCCCGGCCUCCCCAGAUGCAGCACACCGGUCGAGGCUCCAGCCUAAGCAAACAUUCCAUGCGACAUCGGCCUCCUAUGCCAUCAAGGAUCCUUACAAGGCUCUGGGAGUGAGCAAAUCCGCAACACCCGCCGAGAUCAAGAAGGCCUACUACGGCCUGGCGAAAAAGUACCACCCAGAUACCAACAAGGACCCUUCCGCCAAGGACAAGUUUGGCGAGGCCCAGUCAGCCUACGAGAUUCUCUCCGACCCCAAGAAGCGCGAACAGUACGACCAGUUCGGCGGUGCGGCCUUCGAUGCGAAUGGCGGUCCUGCUCCUAGCGGAGGUAAUCCCUUCGCGGGGGGCGGCAACCCUUUCCACGGAUUCGGCGGACAAGCAGGCGGCUUUGGCGGACAAGGUGGCUUUGGCGCCAACUUCAACUUUGACGACCUGUUCUCGGCGUUCACGGGCGGACGGGGUGGGCCGUUCGGGGGCGCCGGCGGCGGCGGCGGUCGCGGCGGCCGCAACCCUUUUGAGCAGGAGAUCAUGGUUGGCGACAACAUUGACGUGCAGACGAGCAUCUCGUUCAUGGAGGCUGCCAAGGGCACGAGCAAGACCAUCAACAUAUACCCGCUCGUGCAGUGCGGGACGUGCGCAGGCAGCGGGCUGAAGCCUGGCACCAAGCGCUCCGAGUGCAAGCAAUGCGGCGGCUCCGGAGCGCAGGUGCACUUCAUGACGGGCGGGUUCCAGGCGGCCUCGACGUGCAGCGCGUGCCGCGGAACGGGCCAGGCGGCGCCCCGCGGAUCCGAGUGCAAGACGUGCGCGGGCGAUGGUGUCGUGCGCGAGCGCAAGACGAUCAACAUCGACAUCCCCGCGGGAAUCGAGGACGGGAUGAGGUUGCGGCUCGAUGGGGAAGGCGACGCGCCGAAGACGGGCCAGAGCGGGAACCCGGACGUCCGCGCCGCGAGGGGCGACCUGUACAUCUUUGUCAAGGUCGCGUCGGAUCCCAAGUUCAAGCGUGCGGGCAGCGAUAUAUUACACACGGCCAACAUCCCGCUCACGACGGCGCUGCUCGGUGGCGAGGUGACGAUCCCGACGCUCGACGGCGAGGUCAAGGUCAAGGUUGGCACAGGCACCAACACGGGCGACAAGAUGACGCUCGUAGGCAUGGGCAUGAAGAAGGUCGGCUCGCGGCGUGGCGCCACGGGCGACCUCAAGGUCGAGUUCCGCGUCGCCAUGCCAAAGUAUCUCUCGGCCAACCAGCGGACCAUUGUCGAGAUGCUGGCGGACGAGAUGGGCGACAAGACGGCCAAGCGGAUCAUGAAUGUCAACAUGAAUGCGUAAGUCCACUCUCACGCCCCUGUCAAACUUCCUUCCCAUCACGAGAGAGAGAGAGAGAGAGAGAGGCGCACAAAGUACAGAGUUGCAGU